CCAAAAAUCAAUCAAUCCUCUGACGUUAUCUCAAGCUGCCUCGUUGGUUUUAUUAUUUGUCCAUCAAGCUAUCAAACUAUCAAACUAUCAAACUAUCAAAUUAUCAAGCUAUCAAUCUUUCAAAAACAUUUACCUUUACAAUACAUCUUCAAAACAUCUGAGGAUUCAUCGAAGCACCUUUCGGAAUAUAGCAACAGUAAUUUCCUACAGCAAUCAUGUCGGACAACGAUAAUCAUGACGAAUUGAUCUCCCAAUUCUGCGAAGUUACCAAUGUCUCCCCAUCAGAGGUAAGUUUAUAAAUUAAGCAGGAAGCACGAAUAUCGUUAUAUAUGUUCUUACACCCUUGAAUACUAAGUAUUGAUCGCUAAUUCAUCUCCUACUGUUAAUUUUAGGCCCAACAAUUUCUCGCUGCAAAUCAAUGGGACUAUGCAGGAGCCAUGGCGGAAUAUUUUACUUCUCAAGAAGAGGGAAACACAGGCACUUCAGGACCCUCGGGAGAUAACCAUCAGAGUGAGACCCAACCAUCACCUUACACUGGACCACGAACACUAGAUGGUAGGCCUGCUCCAGAUAACGGUAAACAACCCGCAAAGUCAACUGGCGCAACUGGCAGAGCUGGAGGACGUGGAGGCAUCGCAACUCUUGGGUCUUUGAAUCAAGGUUCUUCUGGUCAGCCUGGCUCAGGCCAUGGUGCCCAUGUGGAUGAUGAUGAUGAUUCAGAUGAACAAGACUAUGAGCCAGCCGAGCAACCGAGGGAUUUAUUUGCUGGUGGGGAAAAGUCAGGAUUGGCUGUUCAAGAUCCCUCGAGAAAACCCGAUGCGAGAAAGAUUGUUGGUGAUAUUUUAAAACAAGCUAAGGCGUAAGUUUCCUGUUCCAAGUUUUCAAACUACAACCCUUACAAGAUAUAGAAAUUCAAGAGGAAACGGAGAACCAUCUUCGGCACAGCCACCAUCUCGAUUCCGUGGCAGCGGUCAAACCCUCGGUGGUGACGAGACUCCUUCACAAGUCAUCCCCGAUCCUCGCUCAGCUUCAACUCCUUCUGAACCUCCAAUCACAAGAGUCUUACACCUUUGGGAGGAUGGAUUUAGUGUUGAAGAUGGCCCACUUCGUCGAUUCGAUGACCCCGCGAAUGCGCAAGACCUUCAGGCUAUACAACGUGGUCGCGCUCCUCUUCACUUGAUGAAUGUUAGGCAAAAUCAACACGUCGAUGUACAGUUGCACAAACAUGAUGAACCAUACAAAGCUCCACCUAAGGUUUACAAGCCUUUUGGUGGAUCAGGCCAGAGACUUGGUAGUCCUACACCAGGUGGUUCACCGAGUGCUACAACCGCGCAGCCUCCAUCCAGGGUAUCUGCGCCAGCAGUCGCUUCAAGCGAAAACCCGGAAGUUCAGAUCGAUUCAUCGCAACCAACACUCACCCUAAGAAUCCAAUUAGCGAACGGCACUCGUCUCCCAGCUCGAUUCAACACUACGCACACAGUAGGUGAUGUGUAUGAGUUCAUUGAAAGAGCUUCCCCUGGCAGUAGCGAACGACCUUGGGUACUAGCAACAACUUUCCCGAACAAAGAGCAUACUGAGAAGGGCCAGAUCUUGGGUGAAAUGCCAGAAUUCAAGAGAGGUGGCACAGCCGUACAGAAAUGGGCUUAGGAGUGUUGUAGAGGUGCUAGAUAGGACUGUAAUAGAGAUUUGCCAAAGAAAAAUUGAAUCAAUAAUGAAAAGGCUUCAACGGCGUUUUAAGGAACUAUGGGAUAGCACAUACAUGGUAUUUCGAUGCAUAGAUAGCUGGUCUGAUACUUCGCAAUGACAGACAGAAUUGAGUUCGUCGAUGAAGAGAACUCGAUAUGAAAAUCAUUGACAUAGAACAGUUUCUCGUAAUGAAACCUCGCCACUGC